ACGAGGCCAGCUUCUGGAGAAGCGCGAAAAGCAAAACCUGGUGUGGUCUGCGCGGGCCCGAGGGGGGCUUCCUGAUUCCGCUGGUUCUCGCCGCGACUCCUCCAGGGCGCCACGCCGAGGGUCUGGGCUUCUUCAGUUGGAAGGGGAAAAGACUUUGAUCCCUGAAUAAUCUAAGAAGUGUAUUCUCAAGCCACUGGUUCAAUUUUCAUCAAAAAAUAGAUUAUUCAGAGGAUGGAGAAGAAGGUUGAAGUUAGAUCUUUCAGGGGUGAAGAGGUGAAGAAAUACUAUUCUCCAAAGGCACUGCCCACAAAGAAGUCAUCUGCCAUCUCUGGGAGAGUUCCCAGAACCACUCAUCUAGUGAAAUAUGGAGCUUCACAUGCUUUGACCCGACGAAGCCGGUUAAGAGAAUUGUGCAUCAGAUGCGUGGCCAGAAAAUUCUUGUAUUUGUGGAUUCAAAUGACUUUUGGAAGAGUUUUUCCUUCUAAAGCCAGGUUUUAUUAUGAGCAGAGAAUACUGCGGAAGACCUUUGAAGGCUGGAAAGAAGAAUGGUGGGUUUCUCAUCGAGAAUGGAAACUUUGUGUUCGAGCCGACUGUCACUACAGAUACUACUUGUACAGCCUGGUGUUUCAGAGUUGGAAGGCCUAUGUACAGCAGCAGCAGGAGAUGAGGAACAAGUGUAUGAAAGCCAAGGAUCAUGAUGUAAAGCAAAAGAUGCAGCAGGCCUGGAAGUCAUGGUUGAUCUACGUGGCUGUUCGUAGGACCAAACUUCAGAUGCAGACCACUGCUCUGGAGUUCAGACAGCAGAGGAUCUCAUGGGUGUGGUGGAGCAAGUGGAGGCAGCAACUAGGACAGGCCCGCAUGAACCAUGUUUUGUAUGCCACAGCUGUGAAGCACAGGGCUUUGCGUCUCCAGCUACAGGGUUGUCUUAUCAAGUGCCACAAUAAAGCCUAUUAUAAUUUUUAUUAUAAUACACUGACCUUUGACAUCAGCUUGGAAAAGUUGCCAGAGAUGGCUGAGCGAUUGCAUCGUGUCACUGUGCUGCAGAUACACUUCUGUGAUUGGCGUUGGGCCUGGGAGCAGAGGCAGAGCUUGUAUGCCCACCAGGCCCUAGUGGAAGAGCUGGCCAGGAAGAUGGCACUGCGGAGGGUCUUCUCACACUGGAAACACUAUGUGUUACUGUGUAAAGAAGAAACUGCCCAGCAUGAGGUAGCAGAACAGCACCACCAGCGCAUUCUGCUGAAUUUUUGCUUUAGAGCCCUAAAAGACAAUAUGACCCAAGUCCAUCUCCAGCGAAUAAGAAGGAAUCUUGCACACCGGCAGCAUGACACCAUGUUACUGCAUAGGUUCUGGAAUUUAUGGCAGGCUCGGAUUGAGCAGAGGGAAGAAGAGCAGCUCCCCUUACGGAGGAGUGUAGCCUGGGGCCACUACAGGGUAACAUUGCUACGCAAGUGUAUCAAGUUGUGGUUACAUUAUACUCAGAAGAGAAGAUACAAGCGGCAACUGCAGGCCAGAGCAGAUGGUCAUUUCCAGCGCAGAGCCCUGUCUGCUGCCUUCUACACAUGGAACAGACUCUGGCGAUGGCACCAGCAGCAAAGCGGCCUCAACACAAGAGCAACCUGUUUUCAUAGGGAGAUGUUACAGAAGAAGAUGUUUACUGUCUGGCGGCAGAAGAUGUUUCAGCAUCGAGAAAACCGCUUGGCAGAGAGACUAGCCAUUCUCCAGGCAGAGGGGCAGCUUCUGCGUAGGUUCUGGUCCAUGUGGCUCCAGCGGGUAGCAGCAUGUCACCAGGAGCAGGAGUGGGAAGCAGUGGCCUGUGCCCAGCACCACCACAGACAGCUCAGAAAUGCUUUCUGCAUUUGGAAGGAGCAUGCCCAAGGGCUCAGAAGAGAGAGGAUGGGCAGAGUGCGAGCUGCACGCUUCCACUCAGGGUGGCUCCUGUGCUGGGCCUGGAGCAGGUGGAGGGAGAGCCUGGCCCUGCAGGCAGCUGAGCAACAGAAGCUGAUGCGCGCAGACCUGCACAGCCAGCGUGCCCUGCUGCGAAAGGCUCUGCGGAAGUGGCUGGCUUACCAAGGCAGGGUGUGGAGCAUCCUUCAGGAAGUGGCAAUCAGGGAGAGCAAACACAACAGACAGCUGAUGCGGUGGGUGUUACGUCGCUGGAGAAAGAACACUAUGGCCCUUGCAGAUGAGACCAGAAAAUCCACUCAAGCAAGAGCCCACUACAGCAGGACCAUGUGUUGCAAGGUCCUGGUGCAGUGGCGAGAGGUGGCGUCAGUGCAGAUAUAUUACCGACAGCAGGAGGCCUGUGCCCUCAGGGAGGCCCGAAAGGUGCUGGAGAAGGGUUGUCUUCGUGCCUGGUUUCGGCGCUGGCAGGAUGUUAGCCAGAAGGCUGCCCAGCAGAAAGCCCUGCUGGAGAGGGCGACCCAGCAUCACCACCAGCAGCUGCUGCGGGAGGCGAUGGAACGGUGGAAGACACACCAUCUGGGGUGUGUCAGGAAAAGGAUCCUGCAGCAGCAGAGUACCCAACUCUUGGUGCAGAGACUCAGCGGGGCCUGCUUCCACCAGUGGAAACGACAGCUAGUGGCCAAGAGGCAGGAGCAACAAAGUACAGCACGGGCCCUGUGGUUCUGGGCUUUCUCUCUACAGGCAAAGGCUUGGGCUGCAUGGCUGGGCUUCAUGCAAGAGAGGAGGAGGAAGAAGGUUCGGCUGGAACAGGCAGUUCAGGCCUAUCACCGGCAGCUCCUCCAGGAGGGCACAGCCCGACUCCUGCACUUCACUGCCAGCAUGAAGGCCUUCCGGCAGCAGCUGCAAGCACAGCAGCAGGUCCAGGCGGCCCACAGUCUCCACCGUGCAGUCCGCCACUGUGCUGAGAUCUGGAAACGAAAGGUGCUGGGCUCGGGCAAGGAGUCUCAGCCCCUAGCACCCAUGGCACCCAGCAGGAGAGUGACAUUCGAGGGUCCCCUUCUUGACUUUGUUGCUGCUGGAGCUGGGGAUGCCACUUUGGAAGCCAAGAGACUACAUGCUCGGCAGUCUCGGGCAGCUCCUGGUAGCCUGGUGCCGGCUGCUGGGCAGCCCCAGCUUCUAGAGCUCAGUGCUGCCCGCUCGACAAGGAAGCAGCCACGAUGCCCACACUUUCUGCUGGAACCCAUGCAAAGCCAGAGGUCCCCAGAGUGUGGCACCCUCAAGGGGCAGUGGCCUGAGAAGCCUCAGGAACAGGGCCAAGUUCUGGCCUGGCCAGCAGGCCCUUCCCUGACCAGACCCUUCCUGAGUGGGGCCCUAACAAAUACUCCUGGCCUGAAGGUACCUUCUGUGGUGAAUCCCAGCCCAGAACUACUGCCUCCUUCUUCCUUCGCGCCCCUCAGGGCAGGAUCACCAGCCUGUUUGUCAGCACUGCCUAACACCCCUGGGCCUAAACCCAAGGCUCCCUCAGCUCUGGCCCGAGGCCCUAACCCUUACCUGCUCCUGCCUGAGGACUUCACAGGCACCAGGGCCAGGCCAGGUCUUGGCUCUGAAGCUGUAGGCCACAUGGACCUUGAGGCUGAGCUGGAGGGGAUCCAGCAGCAAUUACUGCGCUACCAGACCACCAGGCAGAACCUCUGGUCCUGCCAGCGACAAGCAAGCAGCUUACAAAAGUGGCUGGAAUUGAGCCAGGAGGAGCCCAGGGCUGAGGACCGCGAUGCAGAGCAGCAGAUGCAGAAAGAGCUGGAGGAGGUGGAACUGCAGAUCCAGCAGCUGUCUGAGGAGGUUCAGGCCCAGCGCCAGCCUGUCCAUGCCUGCAUUGCACGCAUCCAGGCCUUGCGGCGGGCUCUGCACUAAUGGGUUCCCCCAGAAGACA